AACGCGCACGCGCCCAUGGAGUCGAGGCUGGUACAAAGUGGCAUGGUUAGCCAAUGGGCGCUAGUAAUCAGUAGCGCGUGCGCGUGUAUAUAUAAGACGCAGGCACUUACGAACCGGCCGGCUGUAUUUCAACAUGCGCGCGUCAUACGCACGUGCACGCGCGUCAGAAUUUGAGCACGCACGUCAGACAUUAAUCACCGUUAUGAUUGGUCAAAACAUCCUGGGGGUGGGGCUUAAUGGAUGUCAGAUUACUGUCGGAAAUUUGACCAAUCAGAACUAACACAUUCUUGCAUUUUACUCAUAAUAUGCAUAUUUGUCUUGAAUUUUAAGACACCAUUUUUACACUGAAUAUUAUGCACUUUGAUGAGUGGGCUCCAGCACACAGCAAAUUUGCUUAAGAAAUUAGUUAUUUAAGAGUAUCUUAAAAUUGGGCCAGUACUUCAGAAAAAAAGUCACUGUUUCAUGAGUGAUAUUAACUUCUGUUCUUUAAUUGUCUCUUUUCAUUCCGAGUCCUUCAUACACACAUCAUCGUAUUUUCAAAAUAGCAGGGACAUUAACUCUCACAGUUUCGAACAUAUAACAUUCUUCACACUCUCCACAUUUCUCAGGAUAUCCCAUGAACCUUCUCCUCAGAAAACUAAACGAAUGCUUCCGAGAUCAUUUUGAAAUUGCACGUUUGGAUUUAGUUUUCAUUUCUCUAUCUUACGUUUUUGGCUUGUCAGUGUCACAUUUCAAAAGCUUUGAAAGCUGAACACUGCACAUAAAAUCUUCCAUUUUCUAACAAUAUUUCUACAGGAAUAACAGACAAGGUGUUUUCCUCAGCAUCAUUUCUACACAUUGAACUGACUUUCUAUCUGCUGGUCAAGGAAGCCCGUGAGGUUGAUACCUCUUCAAGCGAUAACGUUCUUGAUAAAGCCAAAGGGUAAAUACGGACAACCGGAUAACAUCCAGAUAGCAAUACAAGAUUCUAUCAUUACCGUGAAUACACGUCAACGGAUAGUUGUUUUUCUGGUCUUCAGUCUGAACUGAACAAAAUAAGGCAAUAUUAGUGAGGGUUCACAAGAUCACGCGUGAGUGUCCCACAUUGGCGAGAAGAAUACACCAAUAUAUCUCUGCAUAGACAAGAUCAAAGUUACCUGAGCGAUGGAAGCGUUACUGAAGCGGGAACUUGGACUGAGCUUUGUCGAGGCCAAUGGUCAGCAAGGGGAAGGUUGGAUCAGUGACGGGUUAGGAUACAAUACUGACAAGGGCCAGAUCUUCGCCAAGAUCAACAAAAAGAAAGAGGCGAAGGUAAUGUUUGAUGGUGAGCUCGCAAGCUUGGAGGCAAUCAUUGCCACAGACACGGUCCGAGUUCCCAAACCCAUGAAGGUGAUGGAUCACCCGACAACAGAGGGCGCUGUGCUUGCCAUGGAGCACCUGGACAUGAGGGGCUUGAGUACGUACGCUGCCAAGCUGGGUGAACAACUGGCCAGGAUGCACCUGUUCAACGAGGAACUAAUGAAGCAAAAGGUAGCCAAUGAGAUUCGGGUCGGAGGGGGUUGUGACGUGGAGUGUGUCACCAGGUUUGGUUUCCCUGUUGCCACCUGUUGCGGCAUCGUCCCUCAGGACAACGAAUGGUGCGAUGAUUGGGUGGAAUCAUUUCGGAUCUGAGUACAGACAGUCGACUAUUUCAACCAUGAAAUCCAUCAUCAAAUGAUGCCACUAAAAAAAUGUCUUCAAGGGCUUGCCCGCGCACUUUGCAACUGAGAACUACAACCGCUCAAUGCAUGUCCGGCAGGGAAGCUUGCAGCUAUCAAAAGAUUACAUUGCAGUGAUUUAAUGUAUUUCUUUCGUAGUAAGUAACAAUCCUAUAUAAAGGGUUGUUAACAAAACAAUUUAGUAUUACAAAAGAAUUAUUCGCCUGCAAGUGCUAUGAGCCCCUCAGGUGUUAAAACAACUCCAUAUCACACAUCACAGUCAAAAUGUUAACAGUCAACAAUUAUUAAAUAUGCCAUUGUAGCCAGAGAAAUUGGUCGUAAAGAAGUGACCAAAACUUGAGUUAGUGAAUUUGUUUGACCCUAGUUGAUCUGGGGUGAUGAGUUUACUUGCAGAUGCAUUAUGGUCCCUCGAUGGGGAUUCAUAUUGUCUUGUUAGUCAUUAAUUAAUACAGUUCUGUGGUCCUCCAUAGUUUUUAUGAUUUUUGUUUAUGUUGGAAAACCUCUCUAUAAUUUUCCUUUUGUUUAUUUUAAUUUCAUUUUGACUUUUAAUUCAUUUCUUUUAAUUACUUUAUUUCUUGUCUGAAAUAUUGUUUUGUCUUUUAUUGUUUUUCUUUGUCUACAAAUUUGAAAUAAAUAUUCGUUAAUAUGAAAAUAGA